AUGUUUUGCUGGACCAAAUCCUCUACUCCUGUCAGUAUCGACGUGGUCAACAGAGAUGGAGUAUCCAGCUUUACCAACUUGGAUCAAUUGACACUCCACGAAAAAUACGAGCACAAGUGGGAAGAACAUGGCACAGCUGAAACUCCCGAACUCGCAUCCGCGGCUCUACAGAACGUGUCCAUGCUCGCCCAACUCUCCACCUUUGACUCGCUAGCGAGGAACCUCCCGACUGGUUUUUUCUCCAAUCUCCGCGCCCUCGAGCUUAUCAUCUAUGAUGUCAUCUACACUCUGUCGUAUAUUCACGUUGCAGAUUGCGAAAGGCUUCAGGACCUAUCCCUGAUAUUUCGCUUCGUCAAGCCGUCGCCCCCGGACCGCUUUCUCUCCAUUUUUCUCGGUGGUGCGGGGUCGCUCCCGCUCCUCACUAGCUUCAGACUGGACAUCCAGAGCUGCUCGGACCGGCUAGAAUGGGAGCCCCCAUACACAACAAUCUUCGACAAAUUCUUUCAGGUCCUUCGCAACCGACCCAACAUCCGCCGGCUCAGCAUAUCUCCUACCCCAAAACUCAUCUCCGACGUCCCAGAUCCCGCGUCCGAUCCGUCCACAGGCAGCGUCGUCGAACUCCUCCCCACUCUCCCGUCCCUAACCGUCUUCUCGUACGCACCGGGUGCGGACGACGAAGGCGCACUCUCAGUGGCGACCCUCGGUACACUCCACAGAAUCCUCCCACCCGACAUCACCGCGUUCGGUAUCAAGACAAGUUCCGUAGAAGGACUUACCCCGUGGAACGCACUCGUUCUUUGCCACACGGUUCUCCGCCGCAAGUCGCUGCGCUACCUCCAUAUCAUCUUGGGAGAAAACGAGCCCGAGACUCCAGAUCUCACGUACGUCGAGCAGCAGCUUCUGGACGACCCGCCUCCUUCGCUCGAACUCUUUGGGUAUGGCAAGCGCCUGCGCUGGCGUGUCCGCGAGGAGCGCCCCGACGCGGAACCAUUGUGGCACUGGUCCCCGCCUUGGAGCGAGUGCAAAGUGGCUUUCCUCACCGAAGCUGAUUACGGCGACGCCGACUGGUAUUGGAUAACGAAGAACUGGAGCAUAUAG